AUGCCUCUGGUGCUUCCUGCUCUGCCCGUGAAAGAUCAGACGACAGAAGCUCCGGCCAAACCGGAGCAGAAACUGGAACCAGAGGCGGAGAAGGAAGUCGUGCCACAGACUAAAAUCAAGAAGAAGGGUCUUCUGCUUCCUUUCAAGUCCUCUAAAUCAUCCAGGGUCAGCGAUGAGAAUGGCGAGGAGUCGGCACACUCUGACCCGGCCUGCAGCGCCCCCUGCGAGUUGCCUUCAGCGGAGAAGCAAGCCGGCGAAGACGACGUUGCGCUCCAGAGUGACCAGUCAACUGCCGAGUGCCCGGUCUCCAGCCCGGACGCCACGCUCACCCCUCCCCUGACAGAAACCAGCACUCUGGAGAAGGCCAAGAAGAAGUUCUCCUACAAAAAUAGGCUCAUUUCAGCAAGUCCAAGCUGGUGCCGUCCCCUGACGGCCCCUCCAGAGAGAGAGGACCUCCCGUCGCCCCCGAGCUUCUUCGAGAGCAGCUGGGCCGACCUGCCGGCCCCCCCGCCGGUGUGUCUUCCACACCUGGCUUGUAUUUCGGCCCGACCCUUCUUCAAGGCCAGCACCUCUGCUCGCAAGCAAGCUCCCGAUAAGCAGCUUGGGCGAGGGAGAGCUCAGCAUCCGUCCCUGAAGACUGCUGAUUCUCAGUGUGUUAGAACGAAGCCUUUACCCGACCUGAGGACUCUGGGCCUGCCACCGGCCAAACCCAGCAGGCCCCCGUCAGUCCACCUCAGCGGUUAUCACCCCCCCACUGCCAGCAAAGUGUCCCCGUGUCCGAGCCGAGGACCGAGCCAGGAGCCAGAGUGUGAGCCGCCGCCCACCCCUCCGCUCCCCGUCCCGGAGUUUCCAGACACGGACUCAAAAACAGCUGAGGAUGAAGCUGCGGCAGAACUGGAGCCUCCGCACUCUGUCGGCGCCGACAUUCUCACACCUGUCAGCUCCAGGGUCGCCGGCCCCGAGCGUCCGCAGCCUGACCUGCCGGCAUGUGAUCCUGUAGCGGCCGGCGGGAGCUCUGCCAGCCAGGACCUGGACCUUGGCAGUCCAGACCGAGUAUCUCUCCAUACCAGCAGCUUCCCUGAAGCAGUAAACCCAUCAGAGCUCCGGGAGCCGUGGUCCCACAGCCAGGAGCUGCUGCCGGAUUCCUUUUCCAAAUCUCAGUGCGAUGACACUGAUCCGGCAGCUGCCGAGUGCCGGGCGGUCCCGGAGGACCCGGAGCUCAGCAGCCAGGCGGCGUGGAGUGACGGGAUUCAAACGCAUUCAGGCGUUUAUCAGCAGGACAGUUACUACGAGGCGUACGACAAUGUUUACGAGGAUGUUGAGAACAUCAACAGAUUCCUGGAACAGAACUCCAGGGGCAGUGUGUCAGGACCACACGGCGCUCAUGCAGCCCAUAAUCACGUCCUCAGUCGGGAGCCCCAGAGCCCCAGCACUGCCGAUUAUAAAGAGCAGAAGAAGAGGGAGAAACAGCGUCUUGAGAAGGAACGGAAAGAGCAAAAGGAGAGGGAGAAGAAGGAGAACGAAUGAAAAAGAACUCCGCCUCCGCAGGUGACGGGAGACGAGGAGCCCAUGUACCACGCCAAGGUGACGGUCGCCAACAAGGUCCGGAAGAACGACCUGCCGGUGAAGACCGGGGACACGGUCAGCAUCAUCCGGACCACCAACUGCCCCAGGGGCAAAUGGCUGGCGCGAGACGCACCCACAACGUAUGGCUACAUCUCGGUGAUGAACGUGGAGCUCAACAUCAAGGAGAUGCUGGAACUGGGCAAGAAGGCCCAGGCGGCGGGACGGGGCGGCAGCGCGGAGGGGGACAACGUCAGCGUGGGGAGCAGAUCCUCGGGCCACCUUGUUCAAACCAGCAGCUUUACAGAUGACAGCGAGGAGUGGGCCUGUGAAGACGAGACCCUCUCGCCGUGCAGCGAGAGCCAGUAA